CAGAGAUCUUGGAGCUGGGGUAGAGAGCCGCUGAGGCGAACCGCUGAAGGGAACCUUCCCAGCAUGGACGACCCCGCGCCGCCGGGGCCCGCCGGCUCUCCUGCUAACGACAACGGCAACGGCAACGGCGGCAAAGGGAAGCCGGCUGUGCCCAAGGGCCGGGAAGCGUUCCGCAACCAGCGGCGGGAGUCGGAGGGCUCUGUCGACUGCCCUACUCUGGAGUUUGAAUAUGGAGAUGCAGACGGGCACGCAGCGGAAUUGUCAGAAUUAUAUAGCUACACAGAGAACCUGGAAUUUACCACUAACCGGAAGUGCUUUGAAGAAGAUUUCAAGACUCAAGUGCAAGACGCUAAGGAAUGGUUGGAGUUGGAAGAAGAUGCCCAAAAGACCUAUGUGAUGGGACUUCUGGACCGACUGGAGGUGGUCAGUAGGGAAAAACGGCUGAAGGUGGCCCGAGCUGUUCUCUAUCUAGCCCAAGGCACUUUUGGGGAAUGUGAUUCCGAGGUCGAUGUGCUGCACUGGUCCAGAUACAAUUGCUUCCUGCUCUACCAGAUGGGGACAUUUUCGGCCUUUCUGGAGCUACUCCACAUGGAAAUCGACAAUAGCCAAGCCUCUAGCAGUGCCCUUCGGAAACCGGCUGUCUCCAUUGCUGACAGCACUGAGCUCAGGGUACUGCUGAGUGUCAUGUACCUAAUGGUGGAAAAUAUCCGCCUGGAGCGAGAGAUAGACCCCAGUGGGUGGAGGACAGCCCGAGAGACCUUCCGAACUGAACUGAGUUUCUCCACACAUAAUGAAGAGCCUUUUGCCCUCCUGCUGUUUUCCAUGGUUACCAAAUUCUGCAGUGGCCUGGCCCCCCACUUUCCAAUAAAGAAGGUUCUGCUUCUGCUCUGGAAGGUGGUCAUGUUUACCCUUGGUGGAUUUGAGCACCUGCAGGCUCUCAAAAUACAGAAGCGUGCAGAGUUGGGCCUGCCUCCACUAGCUGAGGACAGUAUCCAGGUCGUAAAGAGCAUGCGUGCUGCCUCCCCACCUUCUUACACUCUUGAUCUCGGGGAGUCUCAGCUGGCCCCUCCACCCUCCAAGCUGCGGAGCCGCCGUGGUUCUCGAAGGCAACUCCUCACCAAACAAGACAGCCUGGACAUCUACAAUGAAAGGGAUCUCUUCAAGACUGAGGAACCAGCCACAGAGGAGGAGGAAGAACCUGCGGGUGAUGGAGAACGAACCUUGGAUGGAGAGUUAGACCUGCUAGAACAGGAUCCUCUGGUGCCGCCUCCACCCUCACAGACACCUCUCUCUACUGACCGGGUAGCCUUUCCCAAGGGCCUGCCCUGGGCCCCGAAGGUUAGACAGAAGGACAUUGAACACUUCUUGGAGAUAAGCAGAAACAAGUUCAUUGGAUUCACUCUGGGGCAGGACACAGAUACCUUGGUUGGAUUACCUCGGCCCAUCCAUGAGAGUGUGAAGACUCUAAAGCAGCACAAGUACGUCUCCAUUGCAGAGAUACAGAUAAAGAAUGAGGAGGAGCUGGAGAAAUGCCCCAUGUCCUUGGGAGAAGAGGUGGUACCAGAAACACCGAGUGAAAUCCUCUACCAGGGCAUGCUGUACAGCCUCCCCCAGUACAUGAUUGCUCUGCUUAAGAUUCUGCUGGCUGCAGCCCCCACCUCCAAGGCUAAGACAGACUCUAUCAAUAUCCUGGCAGACGUCUUGCCUGAAGAGAUGCCCGUAACUGUUCUCCAGAGCAUGAAGCUGGGCAUUGACGUGAACAGACACAAGGAGAUCAUUGUGAAGAGUAUCUCUGCCCUGCUCCUUCUACUUCUCAAACACUUCAAACUCAACCAUAUCUACCAGUUUGAAUAUGUAUCACAACAUUUAGUGUUUGCCAACUGCAUCCCCUUGAUCCUGAAGUUCUUCAAUCAAAACAUCCUGUCCUAUAUCACUGCCAAAAACAGCAUCUCAGUGCUGGAUUACCCGUGCUGUACCAUCCAGGAUUUGCCAGAGCUUACUACCGAGAGUCUGGAAGCUGGAGACAAUAGCCAGUUCUGCUGGAGGAACCUCUUUUCCUGCAUCAACCUCCUGAGGCUGCUCAAUAAGCUGACCAAAUGGAAGCAUUCCAGGACCAUGAUGUUGGUGGUGUUUAAGUCAGCUCCGAUCUUAAAGCGAGCUCUCAAAGUCAAGCAGGCCAUGUUACAACUCUAUGUCCUGAAGCUCCUAAAGAUACAGACCAAGUACCUUGGGCGCCAGUGGAGAAAAAGCAACAUGAAGACCAUGUCAGCCAUUUACCAGAAAGUGCGCCACCGCAUGAAUGACGACUGGGCCUACGGGAAUGACAUUGAUGCCAGGCCAUGGGACUUCCAAGCAGAAGAAUGCACCCUGAGGGCCAACAUUGAGGCCUUUAACAGCCGCCGCUAUGAUAAGCCACAGGACUCAGAGUUCUCACCUGUGGAUAACUGCUUGCAGAGCGUGCUGGGACAGAGGCUGGAUCUGCCUGAAGAUUUCCAUUAUUCCUAUGAGCUCUGGCUGGAGAGAGAAGUGUUCUCACAGCCCAUCUGCUGGGAGGAGCUGCUCCAGAACCACUGAGCUCUUGUCAACAGAGGUGGCUCCAGUAAUGUGCUUUGCCUGUCCUGCCCACGCAGCCUUCAUACUGAACUCUAGGAGUGUGUGUCAAGGGGGCGGGGAUGGGGGGUUCCAGCCCAGCAUCCAGCAGAGACACCCAGCACAAUUCAGGGCCGUUCUGGGUGCCAUUAGGCUUGAAGGUGGUUGCAAGACUGAGUCAAAGCAAAUAGGUCAACGUGCCCUAGGCUCAGCUAGGAACCUAAAUGGCCUUCAGAUCUGCUGAUGAUCAGUCCUGGACAGACUCUGAAACCUGCUUUGAUCUUGCCUAGAACCAGGCUAGCCUUUAGCCACAACAGUGAAAGGAAAUGUGUUAUGGCACUUGACCCAUGGCAGUCAUUGCAAACAGGGUAGGAACAGACCGUAAAAUGAGCCUUUUCUUCUUGCCCACUCUAAAUGCCUGGGAUGUAUCAUUUAGCAAAACCAACUUUAGACUCUAUUUCACAAUUAAAAUGUUGAUGCUCAGGGGCUGGAGAGGACUUCCAGAGGUCCUGAGUUCAAUUCCCAGCAACCACAUGGUGGCUCACAACCAUCUGCAAUGCCCUCUUCUGGUGUGUCUGAAGAGAGUGACAGUAGUAUAUAAAAUAAAUAAAUAAAUCUUUUAAAAAAAACAAUUCUACUAAAAUGUUGAUGCCCACCUCUUUAUAAAAUAAUCAUUUCUUCUAAGAUGAUUUGAGAGCACAGCAUCUUUAUAAAGGAUGACUGUUUCAAAAACACUGCAUGUUACAGAACAGUGUAUUAUGUAGGGUUUUAUCCUUAAGAGAUCUGUGUUCAACAUAAAAAUAUUUCAUGAGUAUUCUAUAUAGUACAUUGAAUGCUUUGUCAUUUGAAAAGAACCACAACUAAUAUAAUAUGGCCUUCUUAGGUUUUUCACAAAGUAUUUCAGUUUUUUUUCUAUGAAUGCAAGCUUUAUUACUCAUGUACCAUCUAUAAACAUAAAACCCAGUAGCCCCCUGCCCCAAGAAGGAAGUUAAAAAAAAAAAAAAAAAAAAAAAAGAGCCUAUGCCCAGGAGUCAGAAAUCCUGUGACAUGGCCAUCUUUGGUACCCAGAAGGGAGUGCGAGACUCUUCAAGGCUUCCAAAGCUUUGAGGAGUCCAAAGUCAUUUUGAGAGGACUCCCUGGGGUUCUGCCUGGUGGUCCCUCUUGAUGUACAGUAACAACAGGACAUUUUCCAAUUCUUGUGGGCCUCAGACAACUGCUUAAGCUUCGUCUCACGCCAUUUCCUGAAGAACCAAACUCCAAUGUCUCCUUUUGUCAGCUUGAGUGAGUCAGCCAGGGCCUCCAGAGGCUUGUCCCUAGGACGGCAGUCUUUCUCCAAGUGCUCUUCUAGCUCCAGGAACUGCUCACAGGGCAGCACAGAGUGUCCACCCCAGCAGGACAACCUCCGUGUUGUCUCCGUCUUGCUUACUCUGUCCAGACUGCAGCUCACUUGAGUUCUGUUCUUCAGCUUGAGGUUCUACUCUAGAAUUUCUCACUAUUUCAGUUUUAAGCAGCUGAGUACAUUGCAGAAAAUUACUUUCUAAUAAAACCCCAAAUCUUCACCUGAGUGAGCAUAGGAAUGAGACAGGGUCUGGCCGUGCAUGUAGCCCUGGCUAGGCCAGACCUUACUGUGUAGCCAGGCUGGCCUUGAACUUGUAGUGAUCCUCCUUCCUCUGCCUGCUGCGUGUCAUAGGCAUGGGCCACCUCCAACAAAUUCAUUUUAAAUGAUUGUAGGAUGUGUUAUUUACUGAGAGUUGUCCGUUUGUGCUGAUUUUUUUUAUGAGAAGCAACAGCAUCAGAUUAUGUUUUUUUCUUCCAUGUUUAUUUUUUUAUCUUUUUUUUUUAACUGCUAGCAGUUUCAAUAUGGUGUGCACUGGAAGUAUCACACAUUUCAUGGAGGAUUCUCUACUCCUCCUACAUAGAAAAAUCACAUUUUUAUCUUCUGCUUUUCAGUUUAAGACUUUGAACUUUUUUUUAUGUUAAAGGUGCCCUCACUGCCCAGACACUAAUGAAUCUUUUUAUGGUAGCACAAGGACACUUUAUUCUUAGAGAGCUGGUCCAAACUGGCUCACUUCCUCUUCCCUUUGUCAAGCACAGUCUCAUUUUAGGUCACUAUAGAGACCGGCAUUAUCCAAAGGAGCUAUCAGGACCUCUGUGCUUCGGGUAGAAGGGAUUCUUACUGUGGAAAAUGACAGAGAAUGUUAAGUAUGUAACAGAUGAAUUAUCUUAAGAUAAUUUGCAAAUUAUGUCAAAGCAUGACAGCAUUUCAAACAGCUUACUGAAUGUAGCAUCAGGCAAUUUUAUUCAUCUAGGGUCAGGCUGCUAUGAUUUUAAUAUCUGUGUAAAAAGAUACUUUUCCAGGAAAAGAGUCAUCACCAAUCUACUUUAAUUGUUUGUUUGAAAAGUUAUAUUCAAUUCUGUAGAGAAAAAACAAGUCGCCUUUAAAAACACAUAAAUGCUUUCUGAGGCACAGAAGUAUACUAAGCUUUAAUAUGUCAUAUUUUAUUAUUUAUAACUCUUGAUAAUAUUAAUUCUCAACACAGAUGGAGAAAUUAUUAUAACUUGCAAAAAAGAAUGAUUAAUUUAAAUCACAUCAUUCCCCCCCCCCAACCUCUCUGUGGCUAACUUUCUGGUAUCAACAGCAAGCCCUAUGUCUGAGAUAACUGGAUUAGAUCUCCCAGUUUGAAAGCUGGCGUAUGUGGUUAGGAAUAGCUUCAGAUUAACCAACAUUUAAUGGAAAUUAGUUUCCACAUAGAAGCAUGUCAUUUGUAUGAUUUAUAAUAAGGACUUUGUGAAUAUUUUAGUGAAGUUUGUGUUGAUUGAUAAUAUUGUUCAUCUCACUGAACACUUUAAUAAAAAGAA